GGAGGAGGAGGGACGCGCGAGAAGGCAGUAACUUUAAAGCCAGCUCAGAAGCCCAGACCUCCAGCCGAGCGGUUUGCAGCGCGGCGGCGGCGGCGGCGGCGUUCAGUGUCUGGCCCGCCGGUCCGGUCGGGGUGUGCAGUAGGACGGACGAGCAGCGCGUCGCUGUCCCCCGGCGGCUGGAGAUGUCCGAGCCCAAGGCAAUUGAUCCCAAGUUGUCGACGACCGACAGGGUGGUGAAAGUAAUACCAUGAUGUGACGGCUUUCUUGAUUUGUACUUCCAGAAUGCAACUUUAGAAAGCUGUCCCAUUUCCUCCAAGUCACCGACUUACAGCAAAAGAAGUAUUCGAUAACGAUGGGAAGCCUCGUGUGGAUAUCUUAAAGGCACAUCUCAUGAAGGAGGGCAGGCUGGAAGAGAGUGUUGCAUUGAGAAUAAUAACAGAGGGGGCCUCAAUUCUUCGACAGGAAAAAAAUUUGCUGGAUAUCGAUGCACCGGUCACAGUUUGUGGGGACAUCCAUGGACAAUUCUUUGAUUUGAUGAAGCUUUUUGAAGUGGGGGGAUCUCCUGCCAACACUCGCUACCUCUUCUUAGGGGACUAUGUUGACAGAGGGUACUUCAGUAUCGAAUGUGUGCUGUAUUUGUGGGCCUUGAAAAUUCUUUACCCCAAAACACUGUUUUUACUUCGUGGAAAUCAUGAAUGUAGACAUCUAACAGAGUAUUUCACAUUUAAACAAGAAUGUAAAAUAAAGUAUUCAGAACGCGUAUAUGAUGCCUGUAUGGAUGCCUUUGACUGCCUGCCCCUGGCUGCCCUGAUGAACCAACAGUUCCUGUGUGUCCACGGCGGUUUGUCUCCAGAGAUUAACACUUUAGAUGAUAUCAGAAAAUUAGACCGAUUCAAAGAACCACCUGCUUAUGGACCUAUGUGUGAUAUCCUGUGGUCAGACCCCCUGGAGGAUUUUGGAAAUGAGAAGACUCAGGAACAUUUCACUCACAACACAGUCAGGGGGUGUUCGUACUUCUACAGCUACCCGGCUGUAUGUGAAUUCUUACAGCACAAUAACCUGUUGUCUAUACUCCGAGCCCAUGAAGCCCAAGAUGCAGGGUAUCGCAUGUACAGGAAAAGCCAAACGACAGGCUUCCCUUCUCUAAUUACAAUUUUUUCAGCACCAAAUUACUUAGAUGUGUACAAUAACAAAGCUGCAGUAUUGAAGUAUGAGAACAAUGUCAUGAACAUCAGGCAAUUCAACUGUUCUCCUCACCCAUACUGGCUUCCAAAUUUCAUGGAUGUUUUCACUUGGUCCCUGCCCUUUGUUGGAGAAAAAGUGACUGAAAUGCUGGUAAAUGUCCUCAACAUCUGCUCAGAUGAUGAACUAGGGUCAGAAGAAGAUGGAUUUGAUGGCGCAACAGCUGCAGCCCGGAAGGAGGUGAUAAGGAACAAGAUCCGAGCAAUAGGCAAAAUGGCCCGAGUGUUCUCAGUUCUCAGAGAAGAGAGUGAGAGCGUGCUAACGCUGAAAGGCUUGACUCCCACGGGCAUGCUCCCCAGCGGAGUGCUUUCUGGAGGGAAGCAGACCCUGCAAAGCGCUACUGUUGAGGCUAUUGAGGCUGAUGAAGCCAUCAAAGGAUUUUCACCACAACAUAAGAUCACUAGCUUCGAGGAGGCCAAGGGCUUAGACCGAAUUAACGAGAGGAUGCCACCUCGCAGAGAUGCCAUGCCCUCUGACGCCAACCUUAACUCCAUCAACAAGGCUCUCGCCUCAGAGACUAACGGCACGGACAGCAAUGGCAGUAAUAGCAGCAAUAUCCAGUGACCACUUCCUGUUCACUUUUUUUUUUUUUUUUGAGCUGCAGGGCAUGAUGGGGAUUGCUGCCUAUCAGCAGUUGGGUGUUCUUGCCUCUGAUGGUAGCUUAUUUGCUCUGGGGGCCAGGAAUUGGAUUCAGUUUACACUAUCAUUAAAAAAGAGGGAGAGAGAUAAUAAACUAUAUUUUGGUGGGGGUGGUGAUUAAACACCUCUUCGGGGUAUGCCUUUUAAAAAUGCUUAUAGGAAAAAAAACUUUAAAAAGAAAGCUAACGCUAGUAUAUACUGCAAUGUUAGGGGAAUGAACAUGUUUUCCUACUGCAUUGGGGACUUCUAGAUAGGUUAAUGAAAGGUCUUUUAUUAUGUUACUGGACACGAAAACUUUGUCUAAUUUCUUACUCUAUUGUACGUUUACAGUUGCAGCACUAAAAAUGGAUGACAUCAAACAUUUUUAACAAAAUGAUGUACAAACUAAAUAAGGACUAUUUAUUGAUAAUGUUUUGCUACUCUUGUCAGACAAUGGCUAUAAAAUGAAUUAGGCAGUCUUCAAAAACAAAAAAAAAAAAAAACAGAAAAAGAAAAAAAAAAAGAAUGUUGCAAAUUUGUUAAAAUGCCAAAAAGGACAGGUUAAUUUUGUACAGAUUAUGCUUACCUCAGGUUUCUUUAGUGUGCUUGAAUGCCCUUCUUUCCAUAUAAACACUUAUCUUAUUAAUUUAGCAAUGAAUAUCUUUCCUUUUCUUUAAGUUUUAAAAAAAACUGGAAUAAUUACAUCUAUCUUUUUUUGCUGUUUAUACUUAGGGUUUUUUUUUUUUUCGUUGUUGAUAAAUCAAGUCUUGGUUGUGGCUUGCCGAAUUAAAUAUUUAUGAGUGGUGCAUUUUUAAGUAUAGUGAACAAGACACCAUAUUCAGUACAGUGAUAAAGCAUCUAUAUUCUGUAAAAAAAAAAAAAAUCUGCCUAUGCAUGUUUUUUAAGAAAAAAAAAAAUGGCUGUAUCGGCCUGUAUGGGACUGUAAUGCGCUUAGUGGUCUGACAUAUACUGGAAAUAUAUGUAUACUGGCGUACUUUAUAUUCUCUAAAAUGCUUAAUGCCUUUGAAAUUUUGUAAUCAAAAAAGCUUUGAAAAAAUCUAAAGGGGAGAGUAUUCUUAAAAGUUUUUAACAUAAGCUUGUCAGUGCACAUAUAGACGGUUAGCAUGUUUAGCAAACCUUGUGAAAUUUAAAUAAGUUUGUAGUUACAUGUGAAACUCUAAAUGCAUGGUAACUGUUAAUGUCAUCACGGUUUAGUUCUUUUGUUCUGUUCUGUCACGUGCCACAAAAUACGUACUUUUUUCACUUUUUUCCCUUUGUAUAUCAGUUACGGGUUACAACUGGUUCAUUCUGAAAACAACAACAAAAGUCCAUUCAUAUUUUUUAACAAUUGUAUAAGUGCCCAAGUAAUUCACUACAGCCUAAAGCCUUGCCUUUGUAAUUUGACUUCUGAAAUGUUGGCAAUCAAAGCAUGCACUUGUAACAAUGACAAAGACAAAGCAUUUUAUAUUACUACUCAAUAAAAUGUGCAUGAACUUAAA